AUGCGUUACCGUUUGUUAUCCGCCUUGAUCAUCUCGGCAGUCGCCGUGAUAGAGGCUGCCCCGGCCACCGCUACCGCCGAAUAUGACUACAUCGUCGUCGGGAGCGGUCCCGGCGGUGGUCCCCUCGCCGCCGAUCUCGCCCGGGCCGGGUACUCCACACUGUUGAUCGAAGCCGGCGGUGACGAGGGCGACAACCCGACCUACGCCGAGAUCGCCUGGUUCAACGAGGCGGCCAACGACGAAGCCACCCGUUGGGAUUUCUGGGUCAAGCACUACGACGAUCCCGAGGAAGACCGCAAGUUCAAGCACACCACCUGGGACACGGGCGACGGCACCUUUUACGUCGGCCUCGACCCCCCAGAGGGAGCCAAGUACCUCGGCAUCCAAUACCCACGCGCUGCUGUUUUGGGUGGUUGCGCCAUGCACAACGCUGCCGUCUGCACCCUCCCGGCAGACGACGACUGGAACAUCAUCGUUAACAAGACCGGCGACGCCAGCUGGUCGGCGAGCAACAUGCGCAAGUACCUCAAAAAGAUCGAGCGCAACCAGUACCUCCCCCCCGGAGACCCCAACAGAGGAUACGACGGCUGGCUCGCGACCUCGGUUGGCCCAACAGACUGGGCGCGCAACAGCUCCAACCCCGCGACCACCAUCCUCAAGAAACUCGCCGCCCUCACCGGCCAAGACGAAACCCGCGCUGCUGACCUCCUGGGAACCGACAUCCUGACCGAGAUCCCCAACCUCGACGAGACCUCCUCCCUCUACAACCUCGCCCAACACGCCGACAGCACCGGCAAGCGCAACUCCCCCAACAACUACGUCCGCGCCACCCUCGCCGACCCAGCCAAGUACCCCCUGACUCUCAAACUCCACACCCUCGUCACCCGCGUCCUCUUCGACGAAUCCACCGUCGGCGUCUCGGGCGUCACCCCCCGUGCCAUCGGCGUCGAAAUAAUGCAGGGCCAAUCCCUCUACAAAGCAGACCCCAAACACAACGGCCAAACCGCCCCCAAAUCCCAAAUCCUCGCCGCCCGCGAGGUCAUCAUCUCCGGCGGCGCCUUCAACUCCCCCCAGCUCCUCAAACUCUCCGGCAUCGGCCCCAGAGACGAGCUCGCCAAGUUCAACAUCCCCCUCGUCAAGCACCUGCCCGGAGUGGGCGAAAACCUAGGCGACAACUACGAGGGUUCCCUCCUAGCCAUGGGGCAAACACCCGUCAAUUCAGGCCUCAUCACGGCCGUUUUCCGGACCCCCAACGCGCCCGACGCGAGACGCAACAUCUUCACCUGGUGCGGCGCCUUCUCCUUCGAGGGCUUCUGGCCCGGCUUCCCCACCUGGCACGGCGCCGAGCAGUACACCUGUGCCCUGGUCCACAUGCAGCCCAAAUCCCAAGCCGGAUCCGUCACUCUCCGGUCUGCCGACCCGCAGGACGUGCCCGAGAUCAACUUCCGGUUUUUCAAGAAUCAGGGUGAUCAAGACCUGGAGGAGCUGGUUGCGGGGGCGAAUAUCCUGCGGGAGGCGAUCAACUCCGUGCCGGAGCCGGUCGCGCCGUUUGUGGAGAGGCAUCCUUGUGAGGGGGACAGGCGGGAGUCGGGGGAUUGUGGGGAGGAGGUUCAAAAGGAGUACUUCAAGAGCCAGGCGUACAGCCAUCACGCCACGAGCACGUGCGCGAUUGGGGGGGAGGAUGAGGAGAUGGCUGUGUUAGAUAGCAAGUUUAGGGUUCAUGGGGUGAGGGGGCUGAGGGUGGUGGAUGCGAGCGCUUUUCCUGUUGUUCCGGGGGCGUUUCCGAGUUGCCCGACUAUGAUGAUUAGUGUCAAGGCGGCGGAGGAUAUUGUUGCGGAGAGGAAGGCGGAGGAAGCUGCGGCUGCGAGGAUGUGA